UCCCUCCUCCUCCUCUGCCUCCUUCUCCUUUUCCUCCUUCUCCUCCUCCUCUUUCACUCUACCCUCCUCCCUCAACACAGUGACAAACAGAUACCCCAGACAUCCACACCCACACGAAAGGGGGGGCUGCGCUAUGUCGACACCGAUAUAGGUGUGUGAGUGAGCGAGUGAGAGAGAGAGAGACAGAGAGAGAGAGAGAGAAAGAGAGAGAGCGAGAGAGAGAAAGGAAGUUUUCCCGUUUUCCCUUCUGCGCGCAUAGAAAACGGGGUUACAGGCUUCCUGAUGCCGGCACCGAACAUCAUUGGCUUUUCGCUGUGGUGCCCAAGUGAGGAAGAGCUGGGAUGAGGAGGAGGAAAUGAGCUGUGACAGUAAGGUCCUUCAGACGCAGAAAACGACCCGCAGACACGACCAUGGUCCUCUCGGCGUGAAGACAAGUGUGAGUGUUGCAGCAUCUUGAGGAGCUGCACGCUAUGUUCGGAUUCUUUAAGAACAAGAGCAAGGACAAGGACAAGGACAAGGACAAGCAAUGCGACGGCGGUGGCGCGCCCAAGGACAAGAAGAGGGAGAAGAUAACGAGGGAGGAGAAGAACAAGGAGCAGAGGGACAGUAGCGGCAAGAAGUCGAAGGACGACAAAGCUAGCAAAUCGAUCUUCAGGAAGAGCCGCUCCAUCGAGGGUCUUAAGGAGGAAGGAGGAGGAGGAGCAGGAGAGAAGGAGGAGGAGUCAUCCUCAUCAGGAAGCUCAGGGGAAAGCAGGAAGAGCAAGACUCUCGACGGGCGGCGCUCAGGAGGGGAUUGGCAGCAGAAGCAGGAGGAGGGGGAGCGAGGGCCGCCGACGCCAAAAGGCAGCGAUAAUGUUGAUUCCCCUCCGCCGCCCCUCCAACCUGUCGCCCAGAGUCCGCGGGGGAGCGACGGCGAGGGGAGGGGAGGCCAGAGUGGCAGGGAGGGGGGGCGGGGUGACGAGAAGGAGCGGAAGGGCGAGAAGAGAGGAGGGACUGAAGGGACGGAAGGCAAAGAUGAGGGGAUAGAUAAAGGGCAGAAGGAGGAGAGGGAAGGGAAGAGUGAGGGAACGGCGCCCGCCCUGUACGUGAGGCCAACGUGGCGGUCGCCCAGCACGAAACCAGCCUCGGCCGUCGAGAGUCUCGUGGCGUCGCGGUACGGCGGCUACAGCAGGCUCGGGGGCACGCCAGGGGGCACGGUAGGGGGUACGCCAUGGAGCACGCCAGGGAGCACGUCAGGGGGCAGCGUUCAGGGGUCGUACCUCGGGUCGUGGCGUUCGGACAAGACGGCGGCCACGACGAAGCCUCCUUUGAACCCGCGAGGGACCCUCUCCCCAAAGGGCCCUCUGGCCGCCCCAACGUCCCCUCCCGCAGGCAUAGUCGUGCCGGAGGUGGUCACGACCGACCGGGACGACACCUCCUCUCCCUCGCCCUCCCCUGUAGUGGUGACUCCCCCUGCCUCCCCAGGCUUACCUGGAUGGACCGGAGGGGGAGGUGGAGGGGUCCCGGAGCGCCCCGUCUCCCCGGACGGCCGGGCCUCCAUGUUGUCGACGCCCUCGAGCUCCACCUCGAGUCUCUCGAGCCUUGCCCCAGCCCGCCCUAUCUCACCCUCGGGGCGCCGCACCCCGCCGGGCCCCCGCAUGGGCACGGCUGGCCGGUUAUCCUCGUCGCCGACGCCGGCGCGGAAGGCACAGAGACCCAAUAUCAAGACGAACCCGGCCGCCGCGGGAAGGCGAGCGGGCUCCCGCUCUCCAGUGGGCGCUAUGGCCACGUCGACGGGCCCCUCCGGCGCACCUGACGGCGAGAAGCUCGCUACGCCGCCACCGUCACCGUCCUCCGUCAGACACCAGCCGUCUGAACCCGGUGUGAAGGCGCCCGCGUCACCGCCUCCGGUCCUCCGCGCUCGCACAACGGUCACGCCUCCCUCGCCUGAGGCCGCCCGGAAGCAGUCUGUGUUCCCGAAACUGGUUCCACCGUCUUCGCCUCCGUUGAGAGCCUCCUCCACUUUCUCCUCGCACAUCUCGCCCCCUCCCGACGCCCGCCUCGCCCAGAGGAGCGUGUCGCCACCCAAUCUCGCGGCCGGAGGGAAGUCCCGCCACUCCAUCGUGUCCAUGCACUCCCUGGAAUCGAUCCCUGAGCUGGACAGCGAUGGCCACACCUCCGCCGCCGACACCCUGGAGCGGAAGGGCGCUAAAGUGGCCGCGGGGACCGCGUGUGGCCAGGCGGUCUCGCCGACCAGCCGACACUCUGCCCCCGAAACGGCCUUCCCGGAACGCCAUGUGCCGAUGGGCGGCGUCACCGGCCACAAGAGGUCGAUCUCCCUCACGCCCGUACACGAGGAGAAGCUCUCGCACUCUGCCAAAGCGCCGCAGGUGAACCUCAAGGCCCAAGUCGCUCCGGCGUCCCCUCGACCGCGGGCGGACGAACACGACAAGCUCGCGUCUGGAGCGACAGAGGCGGCGACGCAACAGAAGGCUGCUAAAAAAGAAGCAAAAAGAGUCACCCCCGAGGAUGAUAAAUCCAUCCAACAUGUCAGGAUAGAAGGGAAAGUGGCGAAGGACACGAGAGCUGACCUCAACGCGGGCUGGAACCGACCAACGUCGCCCAUCGAAACGAUCGAGGCGAGCGAGACCACGACCCACGUAGUCAUCAGGAUUCCCCUCCGACGCAGCGCCUCCAGCGGCGUCAUCGGCGAGGAGAAGAGAGUCUCGAUCGAGUUCCUGCCGGAGCAGGAGAAAGGGAGCGGCCGCAGGUUGAGGUCCGUAUCCACGCCAAGAGAAGUCACGCGGGAGGCCAUACACGAGACCUUCCGAGACCCGAAGGACUCCAUCGGCCUCGCCAGGAAUCGGUCCUUGACUGGAAGAGGUGGGAGUCGCGCCGAAGGGAAGAAGGACGACUCAUCGGACAACGGCGGGAGGGUGCGGGUCCGGCGGCGAUCCUCCAGUCGUCGUCGAAGGGACGUCAUCAGCCCGGGCCCUGCAGUGGAGCCGAAGCCGCCGCCGCCCACGCCCGCCCAGGACGCCAACGAUGGCGGCGACGCAGACGACGACAGCGACCCGAAUGUGGUUAUUAUUCCCUGGAGGCGGAGGACACGCAGCAGGUCUCGAGUCUCGGAGGCCAGGACCGAAGGCAGCGCCGCGCCGGCGGCCUCCUCGCCCGACCCCGCGGCAGGCGCGACGAUGGCCGCUGGCUCCCGAGGCAGGUCUUUAAGCAGCGAAAGAUCGCCAGGUCAGCAGGGACAGCCUACCGUCGUGCCUGCGGUUAGCGAGGACCCAAAGGCGAAGGAAGCAGCGGAAGGACAAGUACGACCUCCGCCGCGCCAGAGGUCCCUCUCCAGGGGCCCAGAUCGGAGGACGACACGGGCAGUCACGCCGGCCGAUGUCCAGCAGGCGAACAGCGCACAAGACCCGACGAACGGCGAAGGGGCUCCGAGGCGGCGUCGCACGCAGUCCUCCUCUAGAGUUCCGAGCUCGACGGCGAACGGGGCCGACGCGGCAGGAACUGGGGGCGCCCAAAGACCCUCCCGGAGAAGGUCGUCCUCUGGCACCAGACAACCCGCGACCCUUCCGAGCGCCCCGAAGCCAGGCGACAAGAAGGAGGAAGAGAGACCUGCUGCAAAGGAAAGCACCGAAGAAAAAACGACGACCACCGCUUCCGACGCUCGCGAAAACACGACGGCUGAACACAAGAACCUCCCCGACGAAGGCAGCGCGACAGGGCCCCCUCGACGCCUCGAACGGGAGGGCUCGGCGAAGGAGGCCAAGGGACUCAUCAAGAAGCGCUCGGUCCUGAUCCAGACGCACGUGAUCAAGUCCGCCUCCAGGUCGUGCCAGGCCGACCUCGAGGCGCCCGAAAAACGAGCUCUGGACCAGUGCAAGCAAGAGCUCGUCGCCCAAGAGGAACGCUACCAGAAGCAAGUGGAUCAGCUGACCAUCUCCCUGGCCGAGAAACAGCAGGAGCUCAGCAGACUGACGCAGCAGCUGGAGGAGGUGAAGAGGACGUAUGUGGAUCCCGUGCAGAUGCAGAGGAAAAUGGACGAGAUGCAGCUUGAAGUCCGCGAGCAAGUGGGCCAGUCCGAGAGCCUCAAGGUGGAACUCCAGUACUCCAAGAACGAGGUUGAGCUGCACAAGAUGAGACUCCAAAGGCUCGAGGAGGACCUUGAAGCAGCGAAGGAGAAAAACCAGUCACUUCAAACCCAACUCGCAGCCGAGAACAAGAGCGACAGAAUCGAAGAGCUCGAGCUUCGUCUUCGCGUGAUGGAUGAGCGGCUGAGAGCUGGCCAACAGGACAAGGAGAAACUCAACAAGCAGAUUCUCGAGAUGGAGGCCGAGAGAGACGAGGAGAUCAAGAUUAUUCAGGAUGCCUUGGACGAAGCCGCAGCAGAACGGGAAGAGCUCAUCGCCACGUUCGAGAAGGAACUGCAGAACAUGACGACGAUGAACAGCACGCGCGAACAACAGCUGAUGGAAGACUUCGAGUGGAAGCUGAGGGAGAUGGAGAAGGACCACAAGAAGAAGCUGGAAGAGAGGGAGAGGAAGGCAGAGGAGAGGAUUAAGACAGUGAGAAAUGUGGUCGAAUCAGAACUGGCCGAUUCCAUCACCAAAGUCGCCGAGGAGAGAAGGAUCGCGGACGAGCAGAUGUGCGAGGUGGGUCACCUGAAGAGCUACGAGGCCGAGGUCAUCCAGCUCCGCGGGGUCACGCACGAGCUGCAGAAGGCCCUGCGAGCUUCGGCGCGGGAGAUGGAGCACCUCAAGAUGCGCGAGAAAAUUUUGGAGGAGGAGGUCCGCGGGCUGAAGAAGGCGGCGGCGACGCAGCCGAACCGACAGAGCACACUCGUGAGGGCGAAGAGGCACCAGGAGGAGGCGGAGGCGGAGUUCCGGCAGAAGCAGGAGAAGAUGAAGAACGAGCUCAAUGCGGAGUGGGAGGACAAACUUCGCUCCGAAUGCUCGAGGCUCAAGGGCGAGCUGGACGGCCUCCACGCCGAGGAGAAGCACCUUGCGGUCGAGUCGAUGAAGGUGCAGAAGGAGCAGGAGAUCCGGGCGCUGAAGCAGUCGUGGGAGCUUCGUCAGGAGGAAAUGACCAAAGAAAUUUCGACGCUGAAGGACAGUUUGACGGAGAAAGACGCCUAUUACCACAAGGAGAUGGAGAACAUGAGAACCAUUGCCGAUCGCGACAUCUGGGAGCUCCGCCGCAAGUAUCAGAAACUGGACGAGAAAUCCUGGUCGCAGAUGGAGACUUUGCAGGAGAAGCAUAGGGAGGAAAUGGACCACCUUCGGGAGGAACACGAAGAACGCGUGAAGGAACUCGAGGCCCGACUGAACGCGGCCACGUGUCAGCUGCCAGACGAUGACGCAAGAGUUCAGAUGGAGAAGAUGUACAAGGAACAGGUCGAUCAUUUGACUGAACAGCAGACUCUCAGCAUGGAGAGACUACGCGAGGAGCUGGAGGCCGAGAAAUUCAGAGCAGUGGAGGAGGCGCGAGUGCUCGUGUCCAAGCACCUAGAGUACGUGAACGCCACCCUCAGAGAGCAGCUGACAGAGGCCGUCACGAGUAAUAACAUUUACCGACAAGAGAGCGAGGCGAUGCGCAUGGCCCUCCAGCGUCGCGAGGAGGUCAUCCAGAGCCUCGAGGAGGACAUGGCCAAGCUCAAGGCGGAGUACGGCCUCAACAAGAGUCCCGCCCACCCCCACUACAUGGCCUCCCAGAGCUCCCUGGCCUCCUCCAACGACUCCGGCAGCACCUCCUCCACGAAUUCUCAGGACCGCGUCAGCCUGUCGGAGUCCAUCGGGGCUUCGGCCGAGGAGGAGGCGCCCAAGUCGGGCGGUAGCGGUCUCCUUGGCAAAGUAUUUGGAGGCGGCUGGUUUAGCAGCUCGAAGACUAAGGAAACUCCACGAAGGGGAAGUGGGCCAUCUACGGGUAAUCAGUCAAAAACGUCAACGUAGUCCUCACAACCUACUCGAAGAUGCCUCCCCCUUAUACUCCCUCCUUAUACACACUCAUACACACCCCUCCUUGGCGUUCCGAAAGGGGCGGUGUGCACUCGCGUGUGUGUGGGGGGGAGGAGCCACAUAAAAGGGGCGUGGCUGAAUAUUUUCGUCUGACGUCAUCAGCAGCAAAGAUCGUCCAAAUGGCUUGUCUAUUAUUCUCUGUUUCUCUUCUUCUGUCUGUCAUUGCUUUCUUUAUGAGCUUAUGUCGUGGGCUCCUGGUUUCAUUUUUUUUUCAAAAGGAAUGAAUUUUUUUUUUUUUGGAAUUUGAAGACUGACUUAGAUGUUCUGAUUCCAAUUUGCUUUUUGUUGAUAUGAAGAACUAUGAAAAAAACUAAACAAAAGCAUCAAAAGAUAAAUGAAAUCAAAACGCGAGCUCAUGACGCCAUAUGGAAAGUCUCUCCGGUUUUCCUUUCAAGUUUUUCUAAACCUCUCUUCAAGCGACGCUUUUUCUCUGAUGACAUUCUUAUUCCACAAAUGGUAUGGAGAUUUUGUCUUAUAUUUAUUGCUUUUACAAUGUAAAAACUGUAACAAAAACGAAAAAAAAUGAAAAAAAAUGGCCGUAGGUUGAGCUCCGCUGUGGCUGCUCUCUGUAUGCAGGAUUCCUUGUGCCAAAAGAUAGAUCAUUAGAUCAUUAAUUAACGUUCAAUUACCGGGAAGUAGACACUACUACGGUAGAACGGAUUUAUUAACGAUCAUCUACCUAAACGUAGAGUUGACAACCCUAUCCUGAAAGUGUCGUAGAUGAAGGCCGUUGACCCCCUGACCCGUUUAUUCAGAGGCGCUUCUAUAAGGAAGGGUCUGAGGUCACGUCUCAAGAAGGCAUUCACGUGUUUCUCGGUCUCGUGAAUCAGGCGGCUAUUCUCUUGAAGAUUCAUAAAUAACACGAGUGAACACAGUGAAAACGUAGAAGAAAAGUGUUCACUGGUGCUUACAGACUGUGUUAUUAUAAUGAAUAAAUGAGUAAAUAUAUAUGUAUAUACAUAUAUAUAUAUAUAUAUAUAUAUUAUAUUUAUAUAUAUAUGUACGUACAUAUAUAUUUUCUUUAGAUGGAAGCCUUUGGCAAGAAAAUACUAUUUAUGAACCUUCAUUACGAAGAACAAAUAAUACUGCUCUUUUAUUUUCCAUACUGGGUAUGUACGUCGCGUUGCUGUAUUGGCAACACUGCGAUACAUCCCAUGGAUAUAAAUUUGCCAGAUUUUGAAGAAGCACUAUAGGCCUAUAAGAUAUUUCCAGCUCUCGUAAACUGACAUAGUAGACUUGUUAACGGCAAGGAAUAUAAUAAGCUCCCGUUCAUAUAGACAUGUACUAUAUAUACAUACAUAUAUAUGUAUAUAUAUACACAUACAUAUAUAUAUAUAUAUAUAUAUAUAUAUAUAUAUAUAUAUAUAUAUAUAUUUAUAUAUGUAUAUAUAUAACCCGAAAAAAACAAAAAUGUCAUUUUCAGACGAAUAUCACUCUUAACGAUUAAAGAAAGUAGCUGCACUUUGGAUCAAUGAUAAAGUUAAUAUUUGCCAGAACGAUUUUGUUCUCGAAGUCUAAUAUCUGAGUCUCGCAUCCAGCAACGGAAUUAUGCAAACGGUGCUGAGGCAUUUGGAACCUUAUGCGACAGUGACACAGAGGUGAAAUUAGCCCGAUGGAGUUCCCUUGAGGCUCCAUGCAACUGUUCCAAUAUUACGGCAUUGAUACGUUCUGUGUGCGUGUGUUAGCGUCUGUGUGCACGUACAUGGGUGAAAUAUUAAAGCAUAGUGUGUGCGUAUGUAAGUAUGUGAGUGAGAGUUAAUAAUAAUAAAAAAGUAAUACAGAAUUAGAAGAGAUAUAGGAAAUGUAAAAGAGUUUUUGUAGUUUUAUAUUUCAAUUGUAGAAUUAAGCCUUACCCUGUGUCAGUCAUGCUCCGCGAGGAAAUUUUAGGUAUUGUGGUAAUACUUGCUUUAUGAAUAUAGUUUGGAGGUUUUCCUUUAACAUUUGGUUAUUAGACUAAAUAUAAUGUAUAUGUACUCACGUGUGUAUGGAUAUACAUACUUGUUUUCUUUUAUAUAUAUAAUAGGGCUAUUAACCUUUUUUUUUUUUUUUAGCUUGUGUUAUAACGCACGUGUAGAGAUUAGGUUAGUAUAGCUUUCUUUAUUUCUGGAUGGCAUUUUAACCAAGAUUAUUUAUUAUGAUUACUACUCAUCUCUUCACUUUUCUGUUGUUCAUGAUCCUCGUUCUUAUGAUAUGACAUUAACACCUCUUUUUUGUAUAAAGAUGACAGGGGCUUCACUGCAAUCGGCGAGUUAAAAUAGAGUAUAUUUUCAUCUUUGCAUUUUAACUCUGCGGAAUUUUGUGGAGCUUAGACGUUUAUAAAGAAUAGUGUUUUUUUUUUUUUUUCUUAUCUUAUCUUUGGUGUAUAUAUAUAGGUGAGAAAUUAUUUAGAUGUAACCCUACAGCUUUGUAUUCCAUGCGCAUGAGAACAGUGUGCAUGUGUGUGUGUAUCUAUGUGCGUUCGCUUUCAACGCAAUGACGCAAGUGUGACGCAGUGAUACAGGUUGUGACGUAAUAGUGGCGAUGCCUGUCUGUCACACUACGUUUUAUGAUGGGCGAGAAACUCUUGACUGCCCAGCUGUAAGAAAACCUUUUUUAUAACUACUGAAAUAAAAAGAAAAUGAAAGGCA